AGCUGCCCACAAAAACGUUCACAAAAAAACGCAGAGAAUUCUCCAACACAACGGUCACUUCUUCUUCGUCAUCAUCUUCUUCUUCUUUAUCGGCUUCUCCAUUCUCCAUCUUCUCGAGCACGAUAAUGGAACCAGCAAAAGUCGACUGGAAAAAUGUUCAAUGGAGAUUCGUAGAGGACGAAUUGUACGAGCACAUCAACGCCCCCAAAUGGGUCGAUUUCACCGCGAUCCACGACCCCGUGGAUGAUGAGGCCUGGUUUUGUCGACCCGAUUGUAAGCAUCCGAAGACGGCUGAGGAAUUACUUCGGGUAACUCCUACGAAGCUUACAAGCCCGGGUUACAGCACUGAUACUCUUCAAUCCAGUGAUCGUAUAGGAAGAGAUGGAAAGUUGAAGAGAAGAGGGCCUCCUCAAUUUUCAAAUAAUGAGAAUCAGAAUCCCAAUUCUUCUACGCCUCCAAGCCACUCAGCCAAAGCUACCAAGGCAGGGAUCAAAUCGAGUGCAGAGAAGAAGCCAUUGAUGGAGGAUGGGCAACAGAAGAACAACGGGGCACCAUCGCUGAAAAGCACACUUUCAGCAAGGAACUUAUUUGCAGGACGAGAUAUUCUGAAUCAAAUUACAGAGUUUUGUAAUGAGAUAAAGAGAAUGGCUAUUAGGGUAAGAGAGAGAGAGAAUGUUAAGCAGCAAUCAGCUGUGGAGAAUGGUGUUGAGGGUGAGAAGAAAUUUGCAGAGAAGGAGAAGGAGGUUUCGGCCAAGGGUUUGAAUGAUCUUGAAAAGAAGGAGAAACAGAGGAAGCCAUUUGGUGAACUUAGUAUAGAGAAAUCUGAUGGAUCAAUCAGCAACAGUGUAAAGCAAAAGAAAAGGAUCAAUACCAAAAGUGCGGCAAACGGCGAAAAUGUCUUGAUCCCUCUGGACUUGGAGAGAGCAUGGCACAAAAGAGACGACAACACACUGCAAAUCCGAACCAAUCCUCCAUCUCCUCAAUGCUUUUCCAGCAUACGUGCACCGAACAAAAUUCCUGCUUCAAAAGCGUCGAGAUCUAGACUUAAGGAGAAGGAAAUGGAAGAGGUAAAGGAGGUGACAAAAGGAGAGGUAUCUGCUGAGAGAGUUAAAGCCAUUUCUUCUGUUGUUGAAAAAGAAGCAAAAGCAUUGGACGUUCUUUGGUUUCUCAAGCCUUGCACUCUUUCCAACUAAAAAGUUCACGAAGACUUGAGCCAAAGUGUCAUUCAUUUAGAAUAUUCUUUCAUUCUUUUUGUGUUGUACUCAUUUCUUGUAAGCUUACAGAUAAUGGAGAAGUUCCAUGUUGAUAAGAUUGCUGUAUUUAGCCACCAAACAAAUUUUCUUGAACUGAGUUUCAUUGAAUAGAAAAAGUAUUCUUUACAAUAUAAUAACACACCAUUUAGAGAAAGUUGUGUCUUGCU